AUGACCAUCCUCAUGCAAGGGACCCUUAUUUUCGUGUAUAAAGACUCACUUCACUCUGUUGCUUUCCCUGCGUAUGUUGGUAACAGUUGUGUGUUUCUGUCAGUUUUUAACCUGGGCGUUUAUAGACGUGAGGCGGUACAGUCGUACAAGUCUUUCGACUUCUUCCGUCAUGACAAUGAAGAUGCCAUGAAAAUCAGGAAACAGUGUGCCAUCGUGGCUCUACAGGAUGUGAAAUCUUAUCUGAAUGAGGAGGGAGGGCAGAUCGCUGUUUUUGAUGCCACAAACACAACCAGAGAGAGAAGGAACCUCAUCCUGAGUUUUGCGAAGGAAAACGCAUAUAAGGUGUUUUUUGUGGAGUCACUUUGUGACGACCCAGAAGUCAUUGCUGCCAACAUACUGGAUGUGAAGGUUUCCAGUCCUGAUUAUCCUGAGAGAGACCGAGAGAGUGUGAUGGAGGAUUUCCUGAAGAGAAUCGAGUGCUAUAAAGUCACUUAUCAGCCGCUAGACCCCGAUGACCAUGACAAGGACCUGUCCUUCAUCCAGGUGAUUAACGUCGGCCAGCGUUUCCUGGUGAACCACGUUCAGGAUUACAUCCAGAGCAAGAUCGUUUACUACCUCAUGAAUAUUCAUGUUCAGAAACACUCCAUCUACCUCUGCCGCCACGGCGAGAGCCAGCACAACGUCCAGGGCUGCAUCGGAGGAGACUCCGAGCUCUCCAGCAGAGGAAAAGAGUUUUCUAAAGCCCUGCGUGGGUUCCUGGAAAACCAGAAGAUCCCAGACCUGAAGGUGUGGACCAGUCAGCUCAGACGCACCAUCCAGACGGCCGAGGAGCUGGGCGUCCCGUACGAGCAGUGGAAAAUCCUCAACGAGAUCGACGCCGGCAUCUGUGAGGAAAUGACAUAUGAAAAGAUUAAAGAAACACACCCGGAUGAAUAUUUUCUCAGAGACCAGGACAAAUACCAUUACAGAUACCCAGGAGGAGAGUCCUAUCAGGACCUGGUGCAGCGGUUGGAGCCAGUAAUCAUGGAGCUGGAGAGACAAGGCAAUGUGCUGGUCAUCUGCCACCAGGCUGUCAUGCGUUGCCUCCUCGCCUACUUCCUGGACAAGAGCGCUGAUGAUUUGCCAUAUCUGAAGUGCCCCCUCCAUGUCGUCCUGAAACUCACCCCAGUGGCUUAUGGGAAGUUCCAGACAGGCAGUGCCGCCCACUCUGCUGAGAAGGAACAGCUUUACGCCACUAUCUAGUCAGGAUCAAGUCAAGCGGCCCCGCCUCUUCAGCGUCGGCAACCCGCC